AACCGAUCGGCUGCACUCAGCUAUAAAACAUCAGCGCCACUCAUGGGUCAGCAUCAGAUCAGUCUCAUCGAUCAGCCGCCUAUCAACAUGAUGUCCAAACUGUUUGUCUUCUUCGCCCUAUUGGCUGUAGCCUUCGCGAAUGCCGCCCCAGAAGCCAAACCCGCAGCGAAACCUUCGCCACUGCUCGCUUACAGCUCCCCACUGGUUGCAGCCGCUCCAGUUGCCUACUCGUCCUACUACAGCGCCCCCCUGACCUACGCAGCCGCCCCUUUGGCCUACAGCGCCGCCUACCCGGCCUACUCUGCCUACUCUGCCUACGCCGCUCCUUAUGUGGCUGUAGUUUAGAGUGAACUUGAUUUUGGUAUUAAUAAACUUACUUUUGGCUA